AUGCCGCGGCCGUGGAUCUUCUUCGACUUUGCCCGAGGAUCAGGGUACUCUGGUCGACCACACAGCUACUCAGUUAGUUUCUGUACGACCUUUAUCACAGAUUUGCCACGUGAAGCAGAGGCGUGCCGCGAAGCGCGACGAUUAUUUGAGCCCAUGUUGUUGCCGGAGCGUUACGUGACGGAACCAGUAUGGUUCAACUUUGCGACCGACACUGUGUUCUGCUGGUUUGAUGAAGUGGAGAGAUUUUGGAAGGACGACUUGUACAAGAAGAUACAGAAUCUGGCACUCACCAUCCGCUCUGGAGAUACAGAGUAUUGCUUUGAGAAUGUUCUGCUUGGAUUUGGUCCGUUCGAACCAAUACACUAUCUCGCACAGUUUACAUCGUUGAAGAACAUAACGUUUAACGUGAUUGAAACCGAACUAACCUGCGAUACAUGGGAGCCUGGAGCCAAGUGGAAUCAUUGGCUGGAAGAAUGGUUCCAUGCCUAUCACAUAAAGCGAGAUUUUUACUGCCUCAACGAGAGCAGUCCCUUCAACAUAUAUAUCGUCUGUCAAUCAGCCCCCACAGAGGAAUGGGUGACACCAGAAACCUGUCAUAGAGUAUAUGAAACGCUGAUGAAGAAGAAGGCUGCGUUUAUGGAGGCCGAAGAACGACAUUUAUUGGCACGAAAAUAA